GAAGCAAAGCACCAAGUUGAACUUUUGAGAUCCUUGGGAAUCGAACACAACGCUAUUUUCUGGAGAAAUAUCAUUGUUUCAGGUGGGGAGUUUCAUCUCAUUGACUUCUCUGAGGCUACCUUGAAAGAUUGGGACGAAGAGCUUUCUGACACAGCAGACGAAGAGUCUCCCAAGACUGUGUAUGAUGAUAGUGAGACCCCCCAGAGUGCGUUCUCCGAAGAUUCGAACCAAGAAAGUGAUUGGUGA